AGGAAGGCCUGAAGGUAUAUUAACGAAAUGAAAUAUGUCAUCGAACUUGACAGCAUAUACGCCAGUGCGAAUUGAAUUAUUAACCAACUGACAACAGAAGACAACAGUCAGAUUUUGAACUGAGUUGGUAAAAUACAAAAAAUGUGGUUUCAAAAAACCUUACUGCUUGUGUGUUUCGUUUUUAUGGGAGUAGAAGCAUGUCGAAUGCCAAGUAAAGAUUAUCCACCAGACGCGUUCCCCGAACAUGGCGACCAAGGCGAUCAAGAUGGGGAUUCACAAGGCAGAAAAAAAAGGCACGUGGUAACUAACCCCCACGACGUUGACCAUGUUUUGAGCGACUUUUUCACUACAUGUUUGUUUGAUAAAACCGGAAGUGUUUUCUCAUCGUGGAGAGCCGUUGUUGAUUUUGUUCUUCGUGAUACAAGAUGGUAUUCUGCAUCCGACGAACAGUUUUGUAAACGAAACUAUGACCGCGAAAUUCCUGUUGAAUGCUGGCAGAAUCGUUUUGAAAAGCUCGUUGCUCUAGAUUCAAAGUUGCUUCCAAAAGCGAAGGAAUGCAUGCAAGAAUAUGCUUGGUCGAAAGAAACACCUAUCCGUGGAAAACGUGGCCUGGCGUCACCUGGAGGUCCUCGAACCACCUUAAAAAUUGAUGUUUGUCUUGGAAUUUCCACAAAGGAAUAUGGAUCUUGCGUGGAAGAUAAUCUCUUAACUAGAAAAAAUAUUGCAAUGUAUGGUUCAUUGAAAGAAUAUAACCAGAAGUCCAUUGAUGACUUUGUAUCCGAUCACUAUUCUGAGUGCAGAAUCACAUCUCGGUACAACCGUUUUACUGGAAAUGUCUACAUGGAAGAUUGUCCAAUUCAUUAUUUGAAUCCAUCAUUCAAUACAGCACCUCGUACGCCUACAUGUUUGUCAACAACGUUCAAGGAAAUUGUACGAACUUCAUCGCCUCUUUUCGCUGCAACAAAAACUUGUAUUCAAAAAUAUUCUAACGAUAAAUGCAAAAAUGUGAAAUGCUGGCGUCCGUAUGAACAAUGUGACCCAUCAACUGGAAGAUGCAUUUGUCGGCCGGGAUAUGAGAAAAAUAACCGAGGAACUUGUGUUGAAGAAAACAAAUGCCGGGCCAGAUUCUGCAGUGGCUUACACAAAGUGUGUGAUCCAGAUACGGGAAACUGCGUCUGCAAGGAAAACUACGUCUUGAAUGCACGCGGUGAUUGCGUCAUGCUGAGUAGAUGCGCAUUGAUAUUUUGUGGAGGACAAUAUAAAACUUGUGACGAACGAACAGGAUUAUGUGUCUGUAUGGAAGGUUACGUUCCAGAUGGGAACGGUAUUUGUCGUGAACAAUCUUCUGAUCCAUGUCGGAGAAAGAUUUGUGGCGUUGGUGAACAAUGUGUUGUAUAUGAAGGAUCCCCGUUUUGUGUUUGUAUGGAAGGUUACGAAAGAAUUGUUCCUGGAAUAUGCAGAAUGCCAAACAAUUGUCGCCAAACAAAUUGCGGGCCUAAUGGUAGAUGUAGAAUGAGACAGGGGCGGCCGGUUUGUUUUUGCAAUCCUGGGUAUAUCAGGAAAGGCGGCAAAUGUGAACCAGAAGUAAUUGAUCCAUGUGCAACUGUCCGUUGUGGUAGAUAUAUGGAGUGUAAAGUCGAUCAAUUCGGUGCACCAGGUUGCGUUUGCAUUGCUGGAUAUGUUCCUGACCCUGAAAUGAAUGGAGUAGGCUGCAAGCGUCCUGUAAUUGAUCCAUGUGCAACUGUCCGUUGCGGUAGAUAUAUGGAGUGUAAAGUCGAUCAAUUCGGUGCACCAGGUUGCGUUUGCAUUGCUGGAUAUGUUCCUGACCCUGAAAUGAAUGGAGUAGGCUGCAAGCGUCCUGACCCGUGUGAUAAUGUUGAUUGCGGUCCGCACGGUAGAUGUGUCAGAAACGGAAACUGUGUUUGCAAUCCGGGAUAUAGAAAAGUAAACGGACGCUGUGUUGAUCCUUGCGAAAACAUUAAUUGUGGGCCAAACGGUAGAUGCGUAAGAGGGCGUUGUAUUUGCGAUAGAGGUUUUGUAGAAGUUAACAGACGAUGUGUUGGUCCAUGUGACGGUGUUACUUGUCCAGAUAACAGUGCCUGUAGUAAUGGAAACUGCGUGUGCGAUUCUGGAUUUUCUAAGAACUCAGACGGAGAAUGCAUAAGAAUAAACCCUUGUGAUGGAGUUACAUGCGAAAGGAAUCAGAGGUGCGUUAGGCAAACUGGACAGUGCGUCUGUAUACCUAAUUUUAUUCCCAAUCCAGUCGGACCUGGAUGCGUACCGAGAGACCGUUGCGCUGGUGUGACAUGCACCGGUAACAAGGUCUGCGAUAACGGAAACUGCGUGUGUGCAUCUGGAUUUAGAGAAAAUGCAGAUGGAGAAUGUACAAGAAUAAACCCUUGUGACGGAGUUACAUGCGAAAGGAAUCAGAGGUGCGUUAGGCGAACUGGACAGUGCGUCUGUUUACCUAAUUUUAUUCCCAAUCCAGUCGGACCUGGAUGCGUACCGAGAGACCGUUGCGCUGGUGUGACAUGCACCGGUAACAAGGUCUGCGAUAACGGAAACUGCGUGUGUGCAUCUGGAUUUAGAGAAAAUGCAGAUGGAGAAUGUACAAGAAUAAGCCCAUGUGAAGGUUUUAGAUGCCCAACAAACAUGAGGUGUCAAGUUAGAGGGGAAGGUCAAGUAUGCGUUUGUUUACCUGGCUUUAUACGAAACCCUACUAAUGCUCCUGGAUGCAUAAGAGAUGCGUGCGCGGGAAUAUCUUGUCCGGACAACAGCGUGUGUAUCAAUGGAGAUUGUAUCUGCCAGCCACCAUUAAGAAAAGAUGAAUCUGGUCAAUGCGUCAGUGGAAGUCUAUGCGACAACUUUCCUCCAUGCGGAAGAAACGAAGAAUGCCGAGUCAAUUCUGAUGGUUUGCCUGAAUGCCAGUGCAUGUCAGGUUUCAUCAGAAAUCCAAGAGGAUCUGGUUGUAUUGCAGAUCCAUGCAGUACUUUGGAUUGUGGAGAUAAUAGUGUCUGUGUUCGAGGAAGAUGCCGAUGUUCGCCAGGAUUUAGAGAAAACGAUUCAGGAAACUGUGUUUCGUUCGAUGUAUGCGAAGAUUUCUGUGGAGAAAACGAAGACUGCGAAGCUACGUCUGGUAGACCAAGAUGUUUCUGCAAAGCAGGAUUUACACUCAAUGAAUUCCGAGAAUGUGUCCCUUCAACAACGGAUCCAUGUGAUGGAGUUACCUGCGGGAGAAAUAUGGAUUGCAGGAAUGGUAACUGCUUUUGUAGAACUAACUUCAUAAGAGAUCCAAAUGGAAACGGAUGCGUGACACCUGUUGUUAGAUGUGGCGGCACAAGAUGUGACAAAAACAUGGUAUGUCAGAAUAAUCGAUGUGAAUGCGCGUCAGGGCACGUACCUGAUCCAUCAGGCGGUGGGUGCGAACAAAUUACCGUCACUUCUUGUGACCGGGUUCAAUGUGAACGAAACAUGGAGUGCAAAGAUGGAAGAUGCGUAUGCAGGGAUGGGUUCGUUCCAACCCCACCUGGCGAAAGAGGCUGUCAACGACCCACGAGUGCCUGUACCGGAAACAAAAUUUUCAACGCAUGCCCAACAAUGUGCCCACAAACUUGUCAAAAUCGAGGUACUUCCAUUUCAUGUGCGGCUGGCUGCAGGCCAGGUGUUACGUGCGUAUGCAGACCGGGUCAGGUAGAAACAAGCUCGACAGAUUCGACCUGCAGAGAUCCAAGUAGCUGUCCGGCUUCUGGUCCGUGUGAAUCGAGUCCAUGCCUGAAUGGAGGAGUAUGUAGCGUUAGUGGAAACGGUUAUUCUUGUCAGUGUAGAAGCCCCUUCUCAGGAACGAGAUGCGAAAGAGGUUGCACUGCUGAAUUUUGUGGAGCAAAUGGAAGUUGUGCUAAUAAUAGUUGCCGAUGCAACAAUGGGUUUUUCCCAGAUGGAAAGGGAGGCUGCUCUCCCUAAACUUAUCGCUUCCAUUUUGAUUGGACAGAUAAAUAAUACUGGAUUUUAGCAUUUGCAUCGUAUUAGAAAUUCAUACAUUGCAUUCAUUUUAUUAUUCGUUCAUUUACUCAUGAGUAAUUAUAUACAACUGCAUUAACAUAAAAAUAAAUACUCACACGUGUAGGGUGGUGAUAUAAAUGGUAUUUUUGUUCUGAAAUAUAAAGAUCUCAGUAAUAGUAAAGGCACCCCGGUUAUAAGCAAUAAUUCACAAUUUUUGUUGUAGUCGAAUAUUAUCAAUAAAUGUUGAUCAUAAUG